AUGGCCGCUUUGAAUAAAGCGAUUUCCGAGCGUCGUUUCAAACAAGUUCGUUUCCUGAUCGAUCUGGGAACAAAUUUGAAUUUGAAGGACAGUGAGGGAAAAACAGCAUUAAUUCAACUGUGUUUUCUUGAGCCGGAGUCCUUGGCAGUAGCGAUCGCUGUGCGUUUGUUAAAAGGAGGAGCAAAAGUUGAUAUAACGGACAACGAGGGUUUAACAGCAUUUUCUACGGCAGUGAAAAGACAGAAAGAAAGUUUGGUUGCUUUAUUUUUGGACGAGAACGGAAAUUUUGAUCUUAAUUCCAGAGACAAGAAAGGAAACACUGCGCUAUUUUAUGCAGCAGACGUUGGAAAUUUGAAGAUCUUGAGCGCAAUUGUUUUAGCACUUAAGAAGUUUCAACUCAGUGUGAAUGUGCCAAAUACUCAAGGAUUUACACCACUUAUGCAAGCGUGUAUCAACGGAGAUGUCAUCACUGCCAAGUAUCUUAUAACAGAAGGCAAUGCCUGCCUCAAUAGCAGAGACUGGAAUCACAAGAGAACGGCGCUGGAAUGGGCUAAAACGAAGGGAAUUCAGGAAAGUGUUUUGUUGACAAAUGACAAUUCAACCUAUAAUGGUCUGAGCAAGGGCAACAUGUGCGGGGCACUUGUAGAAGAUAACCCUCAAACGAGGCAAAGUCAAUGUUUUGGCAAGAAAGCUUGUGAACAAGAUCUUGGUUGCAGGAAGGGGCAAAGAACGUACAAAGAUCAACUUCGACAGGUAUAUCAAGUCUACGAAUGGCAACUAACAGCUUCAUUCAAACUCAGAAAAAAAACCAAGCAGAUUGAUACAGCAUCGGACUUAUCUGAAGAACAGAGGAAUGGUGAUACAAGGACAAGAAAGAACACUGAUUUACCAACGAGUCGGAAUUUUUUUAAAGGAGUUACCACUGCAAAACUUCUGAAGCGCAAUUCUGUACUGGCUAACAAGAACGUUCCCCAUCCAUUUCCGUUUCCGAAUUUCCGACGUUCCCUAUCUUUCACAGAUCUAACGAAAUUUGACAAUUCUGAAAGGCGCAUUGAUUCGCCAACUCUUCCGAGGAUUGGUUCAGCUCAGUCGAGGCGUUUGGGAAAAGUUCAGCAAGAAUUUCCACAUGAAGAAGCCCGCUCGUCAUCACCAACGAUUCCGACCGUACUUGAAGUUAACGAACCUAACUUGUAAACUGGCAUAAGUCAGAUAUUCCAAUAAGUGAAAUCCCAUUUUCAAGAAAUCGUCGUCGAAGUCCUCGUGAAGGAACAAUUGGGGGAAAACUUGAGUACUCUCUGAAGUGCCAUUGCUUAGAUAAUUUAGUUCAUUUUAUCAACUAAGACGAAGACGCCUCUGACGGACGAAGGGAAAGAGUAGAGAGGGUCCGUGGAUCACGUGACCGAAUAUUCUCCUGCAGAAAAAAUGUUGAAAAUUGGUAUUAAUUCCUCUAUUUCAAAUUCAAGUCUUCUUUUAAGGUUGAUUCAAAGUAGUGGUACGUUUUGCUUUGUUGCAAAAGGGAAGACAAACUUGUUUUUUCUGAAAGGCCAAAAUCACUUUGCAACGGUAGGCUGUUGUGGUUCCAUGUUCUGAGAAGUCUCUCAAAAAUGCAAAUGACACAAUUGCCACCAUCUGGCGCUGAAACAUGCUUUUAGAUUUUUUCAUAAAAGUUAUUUGUUCUUCUACAGUCGAAAAAGCUAUUCGCUUGUCAAAUAAUUAUUUGAGGUUUUUGUUUAUACUUUAACCCCUAGCAAAAUGUUAAAAAUUUUGAAUAGAUAAAUAAUUGAAAUGUCUUUGAAGAUAUUAAAAGUAAAUGAAAUUGAUGUAUAAUAAUCACCUUUCCUGUGAGAAAUACACAGGUUGUCUUUGCAGGUUCAGUGAAUCUUCAACUAAUAAUCCCCAAAACAAAGUGGACUCCAUUAUAGGAGGAUAUUCGGUUUACCCUUCAAAGGGAAGAUGACGCUGAAUUUUUCAUCAUUUUAGGUACAGAGCGGAAAGCUCUGAAGGUGCAUAUAUAGGAGGUUAUCUGGCCCCAAAAUGGGUUCCACAAAUGGCAAAGAAGUUUAAGACAACAUUGCAUGGGCCAAAAAAGGCAUUACAGAAAAUUCCAAGAAAAUGAAACCAAACUGAAAAGAAUGCUUCUCUAUCCACAAAGAGAAAUUGACAUUUACUAAUAAUAAUGAAAAAUAAUAACG